AUGGGUAUUGAUACUCACUUGUUUGUUCUUUUCGUUCUUCUCAGGCAAUCGCUGGAAAACGGCGAAAUCUCGCAGUUACCUAGACUUUUUACUGAUCCGAUGUGGAACGAGCUAAUGCGCUUUCCUCUCGAAACAAGCCAAGUUACUACUUCGGCAGACAUUUCUGACUGUUUUGUAUGCUAUGGUGCUCGAGACGAGUACGCUUGCUCUUACAACCUUCAAAAAGAUACCAUAUUAUUUGUGCCGACGUCAUACAAGUCGAACCCACGAACUGACCUUACAGCCUUUAAGGAUUCGCUCUUAAAGGCUUUAUUCGACAUGAGAGCUCUACUGACAGAUUGA